AUGUCUAGAAGAGAAUUAUCAUAAGUAGCUUGUAAGUCACAAGGAAUGCUUGAACUAUAAAGUAAUUAUAAAAUCAAAUAAACUAUUGAUGAUUGGUUGAAACAAUAUUUUGAUGUUGAAGAUGAGUAUAAGAAACUAAUUAGAAGUUGUAUUUUAUUAAAUGCAAAAGAAAGUACAUAUUCAUUCACACAUAAUCCUAUUUAAGAAUUUUAAGUUGCUAAAUAAAUUUUUGAUCUAUUAAUUUCUUUGAAUAAUUUUAAUUUAAAUUCUUCUGAGGAAGAAAAUCAGGACUUGAACAAAAGUUAAGAAAAAUUUUAAAAUUCUAUCUUUAAUGAUCCAAAGUUUAAUAUAUCCACAGACAAUUUUAGGAAUGUAAUAACCUUUAUUAAAGAAAAACUGAUUAGUGAUGAAACUAUGAGUUAAAAAUUGAUUGAUAUUGUAAAGUUAUCAAAAUCAAAAAUAUGUUGUAGAUCGGCAUCGAACAGUAUUUAUUUAUUAAGACUUUAAAAAAAUAUCAUUAGAUAAUACUAAUAUUUCUGGAUUAAGCUUUUUUCGAUUGUGAUUUAAGUUAAUUAAAAUUUAAUAAUGUUGAAAUAAAUUCUUAAUUUUGCAGACUUAUUAAACGCACAAUGGAAUAUUAUAUGCAAGGAAAUGCCUUUUCUAAAAGGCCAUAAAAAAAGAGUUUUAGAAAUACGAUUUUCUCCUAAUAAUCAAUAUAUUGCAUCAGCAGGAGAGGAAAACGAAAUUAAAUUAUGGAAUGCCAAAACGUACAAAUAUAUUACCAAUCUAGAAGGUCAUACAGCUUAAAUUAACACAUUAUCAUUUUCAUCCAACUCUUAAUUUUUGUUUUCAGGAAGCAACGAC